AUGAAAUUCUAUUACCUUUUGUCUCUCUACUUUGCCUCACAGGCCAUAGCAGCUAGCCCAAGUCUGACAAGCAAAGGCUGUGUUGAUCCAUCAGGAUUCGAAAGCUGCCAAAAUGACGCAAACAAACAAACAUCGAGCUGCAUCAGUCAGACCAAAAAGGAUGACAGCCAGAAAGAGCUUCUAGCAUGUGGUUGUCAAGAUUCGGUCAACAACUACAACUGUUACGCAUCUUACUGCUGGAACAGGGUCUGGGAAUGCGAAUACCAAGAGUACAUCAUCGCGUAUAUGCAGAAUUGUCUAACCGCUAAACUCCCCGUUCCAUACUUUCCUGCCCCGAAGGAUGCCCCGGAUGCAUGUUCAUGCAAUCUUGGCAAGAUUAAUAUUGCCGUUAACGACGCUAUUCAACAGGCGGCGACAUGUUCCAACAAUGCCAAUUCUGGUGACGCCGGAGCCAACCUGCAACAGAUGGAGGGAUGCAGCUGCUGCGAACUCAGUGGCACUCUUUCAAGCCUGUUGAAAUUCUAUGAUCAGCAGUAA